CUCUUUAGCAAAUAUUUCCGGGGAAGAAGUGACCAGUUUGGGGUUUGCUGCUACUUGUUCGCUCGUUGCUGUUGAUUAUGAUGGCGAACCUGUUACAGUUUCUUGGAGCGGCGACACGAGAAGGAAUAUUAUUUUGUGGAUGGACCACAGAGCUGUAAACCAAGCGGAGAGAAUUAAUUCUUCUAAGUCGCCGGUAUUGGAAUACUGUGGUGGGGCUGUAUCCCCUGAGAUGCAGCCACCUAAGCUUCUGUGGGUGAAAGAGAAUUUGCCAGAGUCUUGGUCAAUGGCAUCUAGGUGGAUGGAUCUGAGUGAUUGGUUAUCAUAUAGGGCAACUGGAGAUGAUACUCGGAGUCUAUGCACAACAGUCUGCAAAUGGACAUAUUUAGGUCACGCGCACAUGCAACAGACGAAUGAGAAUGAUUCCCGUGAUAUGGAAGCGCUUGGAUGGGAUGAUGACUUUUGGUAGGAGAUUGAUUUAGGUGACCUUGUCGAUGGCCAUCAUUCCAAGAUUGG